CAUUUCUUGUGCGGCAGAGAUUUCCUUCUCUCUCUUUCUCUCUCUCUCUAUUUAUAAACUCGGUUCAUUCUCUCUCUUGUCUCUCAUUCAUCAUUUAUAGCCCCUUCCUCUCCACCCCCUUCUCUCUCUUAUCAAUUCAACUGGGAAGGAAGGAAGGAAGGAAGGAAGGAAGAAAGGAAGGAGAGAAAGAAGAACAAACUUGAUAACGAAUUAUUGCUUCUCUUUUCCUUCUCCAUACGAACCUAUCAAUAUCAAUGCAGAGGCCCUCUGUUGUUGUUCGGAUGCCCACUUCCAGAUCCUAAGCCACCAUCAGAGGGCCUCUUCCUCACCUUCCGCAUCGUCACAGAUCGGACUAGACGCGCCACGAUGGAGUCCGAUCACGGCAAGCUCUUCAUUGGUGGCAUCUCCUGGGAUACCAAUGAAGACCGCCUUCGGGAUUACUUUAGUAGGUUCGGGGAGGUGGUGGAGGCUGUCAUCAUGAAGGACCGGACCACUGGCCGAGCCCGAGGAUUCGGUUUCAUUGUCUUCGCUGACCCUGCUGUUGCCGAGCGAGUUGUUAUGGAGAAGCAUAUGAUUGAUGGUAGACUGGUGGAAGCCAAAAAGGCCAUUCCCAGGGAUGAUCAAAACAUCCUUGGCAGGCAAACCAGCAGUGUUCAUGGCUCUCCUGGCCCUGCUCGCACCAAGAAGAUAUUCGUAGGAGGCCUGCCAUCCAGCAUAACAGGGGAUGAUUUUAAGAAGUACUUCCUUCAGUUUGGGCCUAUCUCGGAUGUUGUUGUUAUGUAUGAUCACAGCACCCAGAGACCAAGAGGUUUUGGAUUCAUUACAUUUGAAUCAGAGGACUCAGUUGACAAGGCAUUGUUCAAAACCUUCCAUGAGCUGAAUGGUAAAAUGGUCGAGGUCAAGAGGGCUGUUCCAAAGGAGCUGUCGCCAGGGCCUGUUAUUCGCUCACCAUUUACUGGAUACAAUUAUGGUAUGCAUAGAAUUAAUAGCUUUAUUAAUGGGUUUCCUCAAGGAUUCAGUCCAAGUUCCUUAGCUGGCUAUGGGAUGAGGACAGAAGCUAGGUUCAGUCCACUUGCCAGUGGACGAAAUGGCUACCCUGCGUUUGGUGCUGGAUAUGGAAUGGGGAUGAACUUUGAGCCAGGGUUCAACUCGAGCUUUGGAGGAAAUUCAAAUUACAAUAACAGUGUUAGUUAUGGUCGUGGCCUGGGUGCUUAUUAUGGUGGGAGCCCAAGUAGAUAUGCUAGUGCCAUUGGUUACGGUGGAGGUAAUCUUGGUACUGGAACAGGUAUUGGUUCAAUUGGUCGUAAUGUGUGGGGCAACGGUGGUCUUAACUUUACCACAAACUCUAUGAAUUCUAGUGCUUACAUGACCUCCGGAAGUGGAGACCUUGGAGCCUUUGGUAGUAGUAGUCUGAACUGGGGAGGGUCCUCUCCUCCUAUAUCAGCCCAGGGUGGAGUUAGCAAUGCUAGUUAUGCUGGAGAGAAUCUUGGUUUUGGAAGUGGUGGCAAUAGUUUUGGCCUUGGUGGCAACAGCUUCGGAAGGAGCUCUGCAACUGUUCCUGCUACCACUUCAUUGAAUGAUCCGGGUGACAGUUAUGGAGGAAAGUAUGCAGAUCUAUAUGGCAGUAGUUCAGUCUAUGGAGACCCUACCUGGCGGUCAGGAUCCAGUGACCUUGAUGCUUCUGGGCCAUUUGGUUAUGGCCUUGGUGGUGCAACUUCAGAUGUUACCACCAAGGAUUCCGCUGGUUAUGCAGCAGGUUAUAGUGUUACCAAUAGGCAGCAUAAUAGAGGUAUUGCUUCUUAGAGAUAUCGUUAUACCAUUUGAUGCUCGUUAUAGAUGAAGAUUUGAGUGAAUCAGUUGCAUGACUGUGGAUGUCAGUUAUCUCUUUGUUCAAAUAUAUGGGUUAGUUGAUUAUUUAGAGCUAACCAGAGUUGAUUUUGGAAAAUUCAAAUUCACGGAAGUCACGGACAAAAAGGGUUUUGUGUAAGGUUUGAAAUCUGAGUUUAAGAAUUCUACAUGACUAUACAUUUUGAGGUUUGAUUGAGUUGUAAAAACUGUUUAAGGGAUAUGUUCAGAAGAGUGUUCAGAUUUAUGUCGGCCAAGGCAUAGACUUCUAGUGUUGUUUAAAGCAAGAAAAAGAAUGUUGUAGUUUCUGGUGAGCUUGCUGUUUCUUGCAGCCUGCCAGGUAUGUCUUUUCUUCUUUUACUUUCUUUUUUUUCUUCUUAUGUAUUGGAGAUGUUGUUUAGUGUGGAACCUUUAGGGAUCUUAUUCAUAUGUGAUCCCUAUGAAUAAGUCAACAAAACAUUCAGAUUUGAUUCUAUUAAUACAUACCCCUUCAAGAA